CAGUUUUGCCUUAUGCGGAAGUGGGUUGGGUGAAGACACUUUUGGGUAAAAAAAAAAAUAUAUAUUUUAAAUAAAUAAAAUGACAAUUCUAUACAUAGUGGAACUAGGAAGAGCUGUGCGUGUGUGACAGAAAGCGAAAGAGAGAGAGCGCGACAGAGAUGGGAGUGGCAGUCCAACCUGAGUCCUUUUAAAAAUUCGCUAAGUGUAAGCGGUCCACAUUGCCGGUGUUUGGAUAUCUAUGUAUAUAAACCCGUUUGGAUAAUAAACGACGUAAGAAGAAUCGCAAAACAUGUCUGUCAAGAUUCAUAUCAACAGUCCCAACGUCAAGUACACGGACAAUUGCAUUGAAGCUCAGUACUCCUACCAAACCACAUCAGUGCACAAAGAUGGCAGUACCGUCACCGUUACGCCCAGCUCCACUUUGAUGACCCUUCGCACGGAGACACACGUGCCCAGGCUGGGGGUUAUGCUGGUGGGCUGGGGCGGCAACAACGGCGCCACGGUCACAGCGGCCGUGCUGGCCAACAAGAUGAAGCUCACCUGGAACACAAAGACUGGAGUCAAGAAAGCCAACUACUUCGGGUCACUGCUGCAGGCCUCCACCGUGUGUCUCGGAUCAGGGCCUGACGGCGAGGUCAACGUGCCCUUCUGUGAUCUGCUACCCAUGGUGCACCCCAACGACAUCGUCUUUGAUGGCUGGGAUAUCUCUUCGCUGGAUCUGGGAAGCGCAAUGGAGCGUGCCCAGGUACUGGACUGGUCGCUACAAGAGCAGCUGCGACCAUAUAUGGUCGCCAUGAAACCCAGACCAUCCAUCUACAUCCCAGAAUUCAUCGCCGCCAACCAGGAAAGCCGGGCCGACAACGUACUCGGCGGGACCAUGGCGGAGCAGGUGGAGCGCAUCCGAGCGGACAUCGGCGACUUUCGCCAGAUCAGCGGUGUGGAUAAAGUGAUCGUGGUGUGGACUGCCACCACCGAGCGUUUCUGCAAGGUCGCGCCGGGCAUAAACGACACGGCGGAAAACCUGCUGGCUGCCAUCCAGGAGGGCUCAGAGGUGUCUCCCUCCACUCUGUUCGCAGUGGCCAGCAUCCUGGAGGGGUGCGCCUACAUCAACGGUUCCCCUCAGAACACGUUCGUACCGGGCGCCGUGGAGCUGGCGCAGCAGAGGGGCGUCUUCAUCGGAGGAGAUGACUUCAAGUCCGGACAGACCAAGAUCAAGUCGGUGCUGGUGGACUUCCUGGUCAGCUCAGGAAUCAAGCCGGUGUCCAUCGUAAGCUACAACCACCUGGGCAACAACGACGGCAAGAACCUGUCUGCGCCGCAGCAGUUCCGCUCCAAGGAAAUCACCAAGAGCAACGUGGUGGAUGACAUGGUGCGCUCCAACCCCGUGCUCUACCGCCACGGGGAGAAGCCCGACCACUGCGUGGUGAUUAAGUACAUUCCGUAUGUGGGAGACAGCAAGCGAGCCUUGGAUGAAUACACGUCUGAGAUCAUGAUGGGCGGCCUCAACACCAUCGUACUGCACAACACCUGUGAGGACUCUCUUCUGGCUAGCCCCAUCAUUAUGGACUUGGCCAUCCUGACUGAGCUGUGCCAGCGUGUGAGCUUCCGGCUUGAUGGCGAAGACCACUUCCAGUCCUUCCACAGCGUCCUGGUACUGCUCUCUUUCCUAUGCAAGGCGCCCCUGGUCCCGCCGGGGACCCCCGUCAUCAACGCCUUCUUCCGCCAGAGGGCAGCCAUAGAAAAUAUCAUGAGGGCUUGUCUGGGCCUGCCCCCUCAGAGUCACAUGCUGCUGGAAGAAAAGCUCCAGAGGAACUUCCUGUCCGCACAGCACGUCAAAGGCGACUCUGCCACCCGGAAAAAGGAGACGAAGGCGAUCGCCAACCACACAGGGGUCACCAACGGCGUCCACGCUCACAACUACGACAACGUGGAGCACUCCAAGUAGACGCCUAACGUUGCACAAAACUGGGAUCUCGCACUGUUUGUAGAAACGUGUUACAGUAAACUGCUACACAGGCAAAAGCGCACCUUUAAAUGAAAAGUUGUCCAUCUUUGUUGUUAAUUCCGUGUCUGCACCAUAUUUGCUGUUAAUUCCCUGUCUUCACCUGUAAGAUCGUCAAACACAUUCAUGCAAUAUUGCUAUAAUUAAAGCCAUUAUAGAGGCGUAAA